AUGGAGCUUUCUGUCAGACUUUUUCUUGAGAGCGCACCGAAGAGGCAACGGUACCUUCGUGCGGCACACAUUCUUUUUGGUUUCAGUGAGAGUGGAAAAUUUUCUCCGGAAACACGUCGCCAAUUGUUGUCUGCCGCAGUGGGGUAUCUUAAGAAUGGCUUGAGUGUGUAUGACAUUCAACUAUUUCGUCGUUCUUGUGAGGAGCAUUCUGACUGGUUGCCGGAGGAUUUGAUGGUUUACGAAGAGGAAGAAGCUGCAGUGGGUGCACGUGCAGAAGUAGCUCUGCAGUCUGCCCUAUCGUGUUUGGAGAGGCUGCAUGUUGAGGAUGGAGUCGGCAAAUCUAAUUCAAACCGUCUUUUGGCAAUGAAAAGAGGUCGAUUGGAGUCAACGGAAUUACGAGGACUGCGUGACCAGAUGCGAGUGGCGGAGGUUUAUGCCGACAUCCGUAAUUACGAGGCAAUGAGUAAGGCUGUGAAUCGUCUUUUAGCACUGGCCCAUUCCAUGCAACAAACCGCUGCUAUUUCGAACCGAGCGGAUUCUGUUUUUGUGCAGUUAGAAGUCAACAGACGUAUUGUGGAGCUGUGGCUAGGUGUAGGUAAUUUGGACGCUGUCCGAAGCCUUGUGGGAACCUCUACAGCCACUCUUAUGACACAGGCUGCGGAGUGCCUUAUGCAGAUUCAAUUCUGUAGCCCAUCGCGUUUGGUGCCACAGCAGAGAACUGUGGAGGAUUUGAUAUCUGAACUGGAAGAAUACGCGCUUUUCUUCUCAAUUGUGCGAGGUUUAUGCAUGUUUGAAGAUCAAAAUUUUUCUGGUUUUGCUCGUGUCUUUACAGGGAGCGGUUUGCGAGGAGCGGGGUGGAUCCCCGCCGUUGUGGAGGUCAACACGAAACGGAAUUCUUUGCAAGUCCCUGCGUCGCUUGGCGGUGACGUUAAUGCUUCCGGGCGAUCUUCUGUUAUUCACCAUCUGCGACACAUUGUAGAGGUUUCGAUUACUUCGGGACCACAACUUGGGGUUAUGGUCUUGUUUUCUGCCAUUGCAGCGCUGCCACGUGCGGAGGCGAUGGUAUUAAUUACGCGUGUGGACAUCAUGUCUCUGUGGGAGGAUGUUUCUGAUGCUCAUGUGCUUGUUCAGGCUUUCCAACUAGCCAAAUGGGGCGAAUUUUUUCGUGCUGCAUCCGUGCUCACUUCGUUAUUUUUAAAAACGGAUAUUUUCGCACACAAACAUAGUGAUCUUCUUUAUCGGUUGGUCAUACAGUCGGUUGUCUUGGGGUAUGCCAAUGCGUUUAUGCGUCUUGAAUUGAGGAAGGCGGCUGCCAAGUUGUCCAUCCCACUUGGAGAGUUACAAGAGAUUUUGCAAGAACUUAUUCUGGAGGGACGUCUUCAGGCGAGGAUGGAUUUCGUAUCUCAAGUAUUAACAAAUGCCAGGUUCAAUAGGGUUACUGAUGGCUAUUCUCCACAAUCUUUGGUGCUUUUGGACUGUAUUUGUCGAAGCGACAUGGCUAUGGCGGAUGUUGAACAGUCACUCCGUAUUUUGUCUCUGCAUCGACACCAUGCGUAG